AUGUCUUCCAAUUCCGACGAAGAGUUUAGACUACCAGAUGAGCUUGUCGAGCUAUGGCAUACGCUUCGCCUGCCUUUACUCAUCUCCGUCGUCGCGGGACUUGCCGUGUACAAGAUUCACACCUCAAUAAAGAAGCUACAAAGAGAAGAGACGGCCUCUUUGCAAACUCUCAAGCCCGCUGAAAAAUGGUGUGGAACACCGAUACCGUCUUCAGAUGGAAAGCUGGUUGAUAGUAAAGUGGUCGUUGGCGAAGAGGUGGCGGAAUUGGACGGAAAAGAUGAAUCACAGAAUACAGCUGGUCGCCUGGCUAAAACUGGUCCUAAACGAGUUACAGGAAACAAGAAGAAGAUGUCGCCCACCCGCCGUGGAAAGAACUCUCGAAAACCGGAGGUCGUGAAAGAGAAGGAGGAGGGUGAUUUUGACAUUCAGGUACUAAUAUUCUACUCAAGUCUUACUGGCUCGACCCGGGCAUAUGCCGAGAAGCUUCAAAAUACUCUUUUCUCGACCAAUGGCGAAGGUGUUUACUCCUCACUCGCUAUCCCAACACCUUCGAACUCUCUUGGAUCAGUGCCUCUCCAAAGAUCAUUUUUGCCAGCGGAGUUACUAGAUCUCGAGGAGAUCGAGCUCGACGAUUAUUUUAUCUCACUUCCUAAGAGUGACAGUGAGAAAAAGAUUAAAUAUGUGUAUCUUCUCGUAGUUCCCAGUUACGAAACGGAUUCACCCGUAGCUCCGUUCUUGGAACAUCUACAAGAGACGCAUCACGAUUUCCGGAUAGACACUGCGCCAUUGCGCUCAUUGGCUGGAUUCUCAGUUUUCGGGUUUGGGGAUUCUUCUGAAUGGCCAGCAGAAGAGGGAAAGUUCUGCAAGGACGCAGUAGAGGUGGAUAAAUGGAUGGGCAAGCUCACUGGAGGGAGAAAAGGGAGUAGACGAAUGUUUCCAGUUGGGAUGGGUGAUGUAAACCCAGCCAGCGCCAAAGGAAAGGAAUCCGGGAAUGCCGAGGAGAGUUUGAACACCUGGAGGAUUCACCUGGAAGACACAAUGCGGGAAUAUGCUGCCACAGGGGAGCUCGGUGAUGUUACGGAUUGGCGCACUGCUGUCGAAUCUGGAGACGAGGAUUCAGAAGCGGAGCAGGAACCAGAUUCACCAAACAGCGGUGAUGAAAUGGUCGAUUUGGAAGACCUUGGUGGGGUUGUUAAAAAGAACCCAGACGUCGCUAAGAAGGGUGAUGUUGUAAAGAGUUUCCGUCCAGGGCCAUUGCCGGUUGACUUUACAACACCAGCUGGAAAGAUCGCUCUUGAAAAAGGAGAAGGACAGAACCCAGAGAGAAAGGAAAUGGUUCCAAAAGGCGGAGUGACAUAUGAAGCACUGACAAAACAAGGAUAUACCAUUGUCGGCUCCCACUCUGGUGUAAAGAUUUGUCGAUGGACAAAGUCCGCCCUGCGUGGUAGAGGUAGUUGUUAUAAGUUUUCCUUUUAUGGGAUUAAAUCUCAUUUGUGCAUGGAAACCACGCCCUCGCUCUCUUGCUCGAAUAAGUGUGUCUUCUGCUGGAGACAUGGCACAAAUCCUGUAGGAACUACAUGGAGGUGGAAAGUUGAUCCUGCGGAUGAGGUCUUCAAGGGCGUCGUAGAAGGCCACUAUCGCAAAAUAAAAAUGAUGAAGGGUGUUCCUGGAGUCAGGGCAGAUAGAUUCAGUGAGGCAUUCCAGAUACGGCAUUGCGCGCUGAGUCUUGUCGGAGAGCCUGUGUUUUACCCAUACAUCAAUGAAUUCCUUCAUUUACUACACUCUAGCAAAAUUUCCUCCUUCCUUGUCUGCAAUGCCCAGCACCCGGCUCAACUUGCUGCCCUUGGACCUGUCACACAACUCUACGUUUCCAUUGACGCCUCCAACCGUGAUAGUCUCAAGAAAAUUGAUCGACCCCUUCACCGUGAUUUCUGGGAACGUUUCCAGUCAUGUCUUGACAUUCUUCGAGAGAAGAGGAACCAGCAACGAACAGUUUUCAGGCUGACGCUUGUUAAGGGAUUCAAUGUCGAUGACGAGGUCAUGGGCUAUGCGGAUCUCGUUGAGAAGGGCCUACCAUGUUUCGUCGAAGUAAAGGGCGUGACAUACUGUGGAACGUCCACUGCAGGAGAGGCUGGACUCACCAUGAAGAACGUGCCCUUCUAUGAGGAAGUGGUAGCGUUCGUUGAGGCGUUGAACAAAGAGCUGCAAAGGAGAGGACUGGAGUAUGGUAUUGCAGCUGAGCAUGCUCACAGUUGUUGUAUUCUCAUUGGCUCUAACCGCUUCUUCAUCAAUGGAAGAUGGCACACUCAUAUCGACUACAAGCGUUUCUUCGAAUUGCUCGAGGAAGGGAAAGAAUUUGGUCCGGAAGACUACAUCGGUGAAGCCACACCUGAAUGGGCGAACUGGGGUAACGGUGGCUUUGAUCCAGCGGAUGUGAGGGUUCACAGAAAAGGCAAGGCGGCAAAGAAGUUGAGAGACGAAGCUGCGGCGGAGAUGGAGACAGAGAGCGGCGGGUGCGGUUAG